CUGAGUCCUGACUGGACGCAGUGGUGUGGGCCACAGCUGUUACCAGGCAACCAACAACCAUUAGCACACAAACACUGGGGCCCAUUUUUUCCUGAAAGACAAACCGAACCCAUCCGCAGACACUGUACUGCAGAUACUGGGACGAACAACUGCUGAUGAUGAGUCCACACACACUCUCUGCUGUGAUAGAGAAGCACAUCCGCCAGCUGUGUCUCACUGACUUUCCCUGUGGACGUGGCAGCUUGAGGAAGACGGUGGACGGUGCAGUGGAGACAGAGACAGAGGAGACAGACUCUCUCCUGGAUCUGCUGAUCUGUCCUCACUCUCCAUGGUGGCACGAUGCAUCAUGGAGCCCUCAAGCUCUGACCCUGAGAAAACUGGCCGUGCUCUCACCUGAACGCCUCCACACCGACUUCAUUCACAAGUACUUUACUACGCUACGCAUCGUGGACGAGGAUGUGUCAGUCGUCGAUGGCGGCCUGUUGAAGUUCUCAAAGCUGGAGGAGCUGGUGCUGAGUGCCAACAGAAUCUCAGAAAUCCCUGCAGACAACCUUCCCUGCACUUUAAAGGUUUUGGAGCUACGUGCUAACCGGCUGUCUGCUCUGAACAGUCUCACCAGUUGCACCCCCCCCCACCUGUGGUACCUCGGCCUCGGCUCAAACCGUCUCGGUUCCUGUCAAGACACCGCUGAUCUUUCUGGAAGACACUGGCCACAGCUGGUGUGUCUGGACCUCGGUGACUGUGAGUUUGAGGACCAGAGGGCCCUGCUGAGUGCCCUGACCACGCUCCCCUGCCUCAAGACGCUGGUGCUGGAGGGAAACCCCUUCACCCUCGCACUCUCGUACCCGGGCCUCACUGUGGACACUCUGCCACAGCUCUCCUGCCUGGACGACUCAUGGAUCGCUCCUGAGGAAAGACAUCGCUUUAAGGGCCUGGCCAAGCUGAGCGAUGUGACUGUGGACCAGGCCUCGGUCACAGUGAGAGUGGGCAGAGUGAAGGGAAUCCCAGACCCACUGAUGAGUGUGGAUGAAAACGCUCCUGACUUCCCUGUUGUCACCUACAGCUAUUUUAUCACAUACGAGUUCCUUACUGAUCAAACCCCUGUUGACCUGAAAGUUGCCAGUGAGUCUAAAUGUGACACAGAGCACGUGACAGAGGACGACUCCAGUGACGCUGACCCACAAUUAGAUAAGAAUUGUGAAAGAGAGAAGUCUGCACCAGACACUGGAGAGUUGAAUCCUGAGGAGGCCUGCUGCGAUAUUGCACCUGUGUCGAGACACAGCACGUCAAAGCUGACCUGGUCAGAGCACAUGGACUUCAGUGACACGCACGUUCACACGGGCAGGGACCUGGGAGGCUUGAAGAAAUUCCUCAACCGAGGACUUUACCUCAGGGUUGAAGAAGAAAAGGUGCUGUCAUGGCCCGCGGCCUCUGAAGAUGUCGCAGUGGCCAAACCGGGCCGACCUGUCAAAGAGAAGAAAGGCGGGAAAGAGAGAGAAUCCCCAAUCAAAUCUGGUUCCACCAAAGACAAGUCUAAAGACAAGAAGAGGAAGUCAGUAUCGGAGCUGGUCCAGGACGCCCCCGUCAGGAGAAGCCUCGUCUCCGUCCACGUCCCCCUGCAAAGUCUGGUCAGAGGAGAUCGAAAGGUCGACGUCCUCUGUGACCUCGGUGCCCUGCACGCAGAGUCUGUGGUUGAAGCUACACCAACAUGUGAAAAGGAUCUGGAAAAGAAACUCAAAGAGGAAAACAAGAAAGAGGACAAUGACUCAAAGAGGAGAGGAGGCAGUGGAACAGCACAGAAGAACACGGCAUCUUCAAAAGGUAAAGGAAAGGCCGGGAGGGAGCGUGAGGCGGACGUGGUCCCCGCCUGCAGCUCCGUGUGCGUCCGCCUGCAGCCAGCGACAGUGGCGCUGAGUGUGGAGCUGGAGAAAUGGGAGUCUGAGUCUGAAGCUCGCGGACUCCUGCACACAAAGCAAAACCCCAAAAGCGCAGGGACCGGAGGGUUGAAUUGAAUUCCAUAUUAAAUCUGUUCUAUUUGACAAUGGGCUGCAGUCGUUGUCCUCCUAAGACCUUUGUGUAUGGGUUGGUCUUCUUAAGCUCUUCAUUGAAAGCAAAUACAUAUGAUUUAGCCUAAAACUGAAAGGUAAAGGAGCAUCCACACAAUCUGAUUUCACUGUGUUUGGAAUAUACAAACUAGAAUGGCUCUACUCGUAUACCUCACAACAGUCCCCUUCAAUUUUACCAAGGGGCACCCACCCUAAAUAUGUCCGAUUCGUUUUCGUCAAGACCCAUUAGUUAUUCUCUGGGAAAAUGUUAAAAAGUGUUAGAGAAAGUGAUAAACAGGUGUUAUAGUUGCAUCAACACAGAUCAGCUCACAAUUGCUUUAUAUCCUAGCUACUAAAUGUUUAUAUUCUGAAGAAUGACAAACAGGGACUUUUAAUUGUUACUCAAACCUGGAGUACUACUGGUUAACAUCAUUCAUCAGUGAAUGUGAACACAAGUACUCUUUUACAUCAGUGUUUAUGGCAUCAUGCUUUGUUUGAUGUGUUGCUAUGUGGCUGUGAUCCUGUUUCUCUUCACUUUCAUGUGAUCGUUACUAGGGUUACUACAACACCAUGUGUCGGUCGG